UGAUUGGUUCGCAGAAACCCCCUAGAACGGGCCAAUGUUGGACAAAAUGCGUCCAACGUCGGGCCGAUCGCUGCCAUUAAAUGUUGUUGUCACGAGUUAGAGAGCGAAGAAAGAGAGAGCGUCGAACGAGAGAGCAUCUAAGCAGAACACCACGAUGACUCUUUACGAGGACUGCAAAUCAAAACGUCAAAUCAAAACAUUGAAAAUUUUCACAUCGAACGGACGGACGGGGACGACUGAUUGUACUGAUUGAACGAACGAACGACGACGGGAGUGUACCUGUGAUGUGACUCUUGUCUUCUCGGGUGGCGUGACUGAUUGUGGGAAGAACCUAGAAGAAAAGGGCAGUGGAACGAAGUGGUGAACUAGGUCGCAAUCGGACGGAAGUAGCCUGUGAAGACGGUCCCUGAACCACGAAGGGGUGGAUGUUGUGAAAUAAGUUUAAAGGAGGAAGUGUUGUUUUGGAGCGGGUCCGUAGUCUGAAGUGGCACAGGUGGUGCAAGUGUUUGGAUGUGUGAAGUGUGGCGUAUGGGUGUGUUUGGGAGGGCAGCGGGGGUAGCAAGUGCAAAAAAGUUGUAGUCAUUUGUUGCUUUAUUCGAAAAGUGGCUGAAACAAAUCCUGUUGGAAUCAUAGCAAUCGGUGAAAAGAGAUGUAAUUGGUGGAAAUCAGUGCGCGGGUGCCUACUGGGAUUUUUGUGAAUAACAAGUGCAUUCGGGAGAAGUGAAAGAUCUUGAAGGAUUCGUCAAGGACUCUCAACGUUGAUUAGCUCAGUGCGCUGCUCAGCUCACCGUCGUCGUCUAAUAAUCUAUCACUUCGUAUGUGGCUGUCCUUGCAGCGGAAUUCGCGACGGCAACGACGGUGGCAUCGAAUCAAGUGCAGCUGAUCAUAAGCAAGGGACGGAAAACAGCAUCCGUUGCAGUAAUUGUCAGGUCAAUUGCAUGGGAUAAAAUACAUCACAAGAGACAACGAUCGCAAACGACCACCAGCCAGUAGUGCUGUGGCGCAAGGAAACAUACAGACAGAUAAAUAGGCGAACGAAGCGAACCGGACGGUGUAUAUUUCUUGCAAAUUGGCACCUUCCUUCCCGCGAACACGAAUGGCAUCCACCGCUCGGUGAAGGGACUGCUGCGGCAGAAGCAAUCAGCGGUCGCGGUCGCAGACACAGACCAAGUGCAGGUGAUUGGAGGUACACAGCUCCCGCUAAGUAGUAGGUUUCGAAGAAGCUCGUGCGUCUACACAAUUAGCUACCGCAGCUAGGAGCAAUUCCGCCGAAGCGUACUGCUCCGAUCCCUAUUGUAAUCAAAGGUUCGGAGAAGUACGGAGUGGGGUGGGACGUCGAAUAGACUUGAAUGAUGACUAGUGGUGUAAGGUCGACGGGGCCGAUGACGACGAAGCAGGUGGCGAUAUCGCAAGGAAGCAUCAAGUCUCCGACAUCGACACUGAACGGAAAGUGAGUGAGAGCGAGCAGAUUCUCAGGAGUUGCAAAGAAAGAAGCAACACCACUCCGCACCGUGACAACUCAUUCAAGGACAGUCUGAUCCGGAAAGCGGAUAGGAGGGGGCGUCCUGUUAAAGAGCAGCGUCGUCGCCGUCAUGUCCGAGUCCACGUCCAAUCACCGGCGGUCGACGUCAAUGACGACGAUGCCCCCGGUGCUCACCGACAGCUACAAAGGUUCCGUCGAAGACAUCCAAAUCUCACUGGCGCCCUACAUCCAGAGUUAUCUAACCCAAACCGGACGGCGCCACUCGUGCUGCAGCGUGAUGCUUCCGGUGGCAUUCGAGCGGGCUGCCCCGCGCUCCUGGUUCGAUCCACGGUUCGACUCACCCGUCCUGGAGGGUCAGUUCCAAUCCAGUGUGUUCCCCCAGAUUAGACUCAAAUUCAGAUUCGCCCUAUUCUACAUUCUCCUCUGCUCGCUGGUUUGGUUGCUGUACUUCCUGUUCGAUGGAGGGCCUACUCACUAUCACCUACUGACGGGAUCGAUCGGCCUAAUCCUGAUAUUCGGCCUAGUGGGCAUGUGGCUCACCCACACCGACAUCUAUCGGGCCUACACCAACUUCAUCUCGAUCGCUUGUGCCAUCCUGCUCUGCAUGUUCUCGCUGUUUCUGCUGAUGUUCACCGAGGACGCCCUCAGCCCGUUGGGGCAUUUCUCCAUCUGCAUCGAGAUAGUGAUGCUCAUCUACACCAUCAUUCCACUCCCGCUGUGGCUGUGCUGCAGCAUCGCUUCUGCCUAUUCCGUGUGCUUUGAAGUGCUUUCGUUCUUCCACCAGGCGCACUACGUCCAACAACCGGAUGUGGACGAUGCGGGCGUGGAGUUCUCGGACGGGUCCAAUACCAGCAGUAGUGGAUUCGUUUACAAAAUAGUGAUAAUCCGGAUGUUGAUACAGUUAUGCGUCCACCUGCUGGGUGUGCACAUUCUGAUCAUGACCGUGGUCCGGAUGCGGGGGACGUUCAUGAAGGUGGGACAGAAUCUGCUGGUUCGGAGGCAGCUCGAGAUGGAGAAGCAGCUGAAGGAGAAGAUGAUCCACUCGAUGAUGCCUCCGAAGGUGGCGGAUUUGCUGUUGAAGGAGAGCGGCAGCGUGGUUAAGGGGAUGAGUUUCGAGCAGUGUCCACCGCGGAGGGCGACGCCGUCGGAUCUAAAAAGCUUGUUCAGGCCGUUCCACAUGAACAGCAUGGAUAACGUGAGCAUACUGUUCGCGGACAUUGUCGGAUUCACGAAGAUGUCCUCGACGAAGACGGCCGAACAGUUGGUGGAGAUAUUGAACGACUUGUUCGAGCGGUUCGACGAUCUGUGUCUGAUGAAUGGGUGCGAGAAGAUUUCGACGCUCGGGGAUUGUUACUAUUGUGUGAGUGGGUGUCCGGAACCGAGGCCGGAUCACGCGAUCUGUUGUGUGGAAAUGGGACUGGGAAUGAUUAUGUCGAUACGGACGUUUGACGCGGAAAGGCACGAAGGGGUGAAGAUGCGGGUGGGCGUUCAUACGGGUACAGUGCUGUGUGGGAUCGUGGGAACGAAGCGGGUGAAAUUCGACGUAUGGAGCAACGAUGUUACACUGGCGAACAAAAUGGAGUCCAGUGGCCGACCGGACCAGGUUCACGUUUCGGAGGAAACCUGCAGUUUUCUUGGUGAUUCCUACGUCAUUGAAGAAGGAGAAGAAGUCGAUGGUCAUCGAACAUACUUCGUUCUUGGGAAGAAACCGGACCCCGUCAGUUCCAUUACGGAUGGGCUGUCGAGUUUGGGUCUACCAGCGGAUGGCUGCAACAUGCAGGCGUCCUCUCCGCUGGAUGGAAACCACCACCGACACUCCUUCAUCCACAAUCAUAGCCUGAGCGAUGGACACGAAUCCGGUGCCUGUUGUCUGUCGCAAAGUGCCACAAAUCUAUCGUCGAUACAUCCCGCUGUUCCGCCGGCAUCGCCAGCCGGUCCGGUUUCAACAUCGCUGAAUCCAUCGCCGGUUUCAAGUCCUCGGCCACGAAUAGCAUCGCUUUCGAAGAUGACCAGGUUUCUCAAAGGUAAGAGUCGGGACAUAGAAAAGCCCAAGAUCAUCGUCAGCACCAAGUCGAUGCCAAACGGGAUCGAUUCGGACGAUGCGGACGAAGAUUUGUCCUGCGUCGUUGCAUCGGUUGUUAACGAGAAGGGAUCCAAGUUCAAGAGUUGGAAGAUGGGACGGCUACUGAAGAAGAUGGACUCUACGGGAACGUCAUCGGCCGUUAACGGCAGCAGCAAUGGUCAGGUGGCAACAAUAGUAACUAUAGCCGCGGAGAUGGUAAGCAACAAAGACUGUGAUAAUAGUAGGAAAAGCGAAGAAGUGCCAUGUGUAGUAGAGCAGAGUAGUGGGGGUGUAGGCUACCAGCAGUUACCGAUAGUGAUCGUCACUCCGAGACCGAGCUGCCACACACUCGAAGUGUCUGGUAGCUGUCCGGUCCAGGGGAGUAUACGGUCGCGGGAACGUGAGGGCUCGAAAUCUAUGAGUGUCGGCGCCUGCGGCGACAAUAAUUCCAAUCUUAGUCAGAAUUCCGUGUUUGACGACAUCAUCGACGUGAGGUCGUACAUUUCCCAAAGCCGUAGUGAUGUCUCACCGUUUGCCCGAACUGGCAGCUACCGAUCCCAGUGCGAGAAGGCUUCGCUGAUAACGGAAGCGCCUAGUGGGAGACCUCGUAGCUCAACGAUCGCGUCUCAUAGUGUAGAGUUGAAUAGUAGACAUAGUUCGGUUUGCCCUAGCGGUAGGUUACUGUGCGAUGGCGCCAGCCUGUGUCCGUCGGCAACUUCCCGGAAGGACUCCGGCAUUCGAUCGAACAGCCGACGAUCGAGCAUACAGCAGCAGAUCAUGCUGAUGAAUCAAAGUGCGGCUCUUUCAGCACAUCGAGUCAGCGGUUACUUCACCAGUUCUCAGUCUAGUCUUUCAGCGGUCGUAGCAGCAGUGAGUGCGUCUUCUGCUAAUGCGGCCCGAGAUUGCAAAAUCAAUGGUAACUUAAAUGAUCUUCGCUGUGUCAUCAAAGAGCAUCACCCUGAUCCAUUGGCAGCUUGUCUGCAACAGCUACGAAAACAAUCAGAUCUGCAGUUGAUUCGUUGCGUUAGGGAUAAUGCACGAAGUCAGCGGAGUUAUUUGGUGAAACCGCCGCUCCUACCGAUUUCCCUUAAAUUCAAAUCUCGUCAAAUGGAGCAUGAGUUCCGUUCGAAAGCUCACCGUUUGGGAAGUGAAUCGGAACUGGAGGGAGGCCCUCCGACACUCGCCACUCCCAAGUACAACACCUACAUUGACAUAUUCGUAUCGUUCCUCAUUUACAUCGCCACAUCCACCUCGUUGUUCCUGCUGUCGCCGUCGGUUUAUUUGGAUUCGUACAAAAUAUGGGUCUGCAUUUUCAUAGCAUUCAGCACCGUGCAGCUGUUUGCUUUGUUUAUCUGUACCAAACAGGUCUGUCGAAGGGUUCACAAGUUUGCCCGCCAAUCGCGGCCAUUCGUCACCCGGAGUUGCUACGACAGCGUCCUCCGAGUUGUCUCCAACUGGUAUCCGUGGCACAUGUGUGGAGCGAUCCUAAUGUCUCUUCCGGUUAUAUCGAUUCUGUCGAACUUCGCCAUGAUGGAUGUAAGAAAGUUCAACAUCUUUGAGUUCCAUUAUGGUUUCCUGAUGUUCAUCUGUGUGAUACAUUUUUGUAAUUUUACGCAGCUGAACUGCUGGAUGCGUAACUGUAUGGCACUGUUGACGUCGGUAGCUUUCGUUGGGAUUGCCAUCGGGCAUAUGUUGGUGUUGAGAAAUGGAUCGGGGGUGGCAGUGCAGGAGACGGUGGUUCGCGUCAAUGGGACACAGGAAGGCGAUCGUGAACUUCAGCAGGCGCAGUUUGAUUGGUUCAACGACUACCGGAUAGAGAUCUACGUGGAUCUGUUGCUGCUUCUCGUAUUGGUGUGGUUCUUGAAUCGUGAGUUUGAGAUUAGCUAUCGGUUAAGUUUCUAUGGCAGUGCAGUGGCGAAUCAGGACAAGAUUCGGGUGCAGAGCAUGAAGAAUCAAGCGGAUAUGCUGCUGCACAACAUCAUUCCAAAGCAUGUGGCGGAGCAGCUGAAGAAUACGGCCAAGUAUUCGGAGAACCAUAAGAACAUAGGAAUUAUUUUCGCCAGUAUCGUCAACUUCAACGAGAUGUACGACGAGUCGUAUCUGGGAGGGAAGGAGUAUCUGCGAGUACUUAACGAGUUGAUAGGAGACUUUGACGAGCUGCUGGCGAGACCGGAGUUCCGGUGCGUGGAGAAGAUCAAGACUAUCGGAAGCACCUUUAUGGCGGCGUCCGGGUUAGACCCGGGAAGCCGAGGGGAAGACAACGUGCAUUUGUUCACGUUGCUGGACUUUGCCAUCGCGAUGCAACAGGUUGUGGAUUCGUUCAACCGGGAUCUACUGGAGUUCAACCUGAUCAUGCGGGUCGGGUACAACUUUGGGGACGUGACGGCGGGUGUGAUUGGUACGAGCAAGCUUUACUACGACAUCUGGGGCGAUGCGGUGAAUGUGGCCUCACGGAUGGACUCGACUGGCGUCCCCGGUCGGAUACAGGUGGGGAGCGCGUGCGUGCCGACGCUGUCCGAACGGUACGAUUUCGAGCCCCGGGGGAAGGUUUAUGUGAAGGGGAAGGACCACAUGGAAGUGUACCUGCUGGUAGCCAAGAAGCCCGAUUUGCUGGGACCACCAGAGUUAGAUAUAGAUGCAAUGUAGGUAUGAAGGAAGGGAAGAAGAUGUUAGUUUUGACCGGUUUCAGAUCGGAAACGCGACUAUGCACUCCUUAGGAGCGGGUUUGAAUGUUGUAGGUUGGUUUAUCAAGUAAAUAAUGGAGAAUGAUGUGAAA